ACUGCAUACUGCACUGUUUUCUUUUCCUGCUAGUGUUUGGAAGAGCGAUACAUGCCCUCGCACGUAUUAGUGAUGAAUUCUGGUUUGACCCCGUAGAAAAAGGUCUUGCCUUAAGAUCAGUGAAUUCUUCAAGGUCAGCAUACGCAUGUGUCUUCUUCUCAUCUACGUUUUUUCAACAUUACUGCUGGACAGCUGUGGCUCAGCCACGUCAGAAGGAAAAACAGUUAUCCCUCCCCUGUAAAUUGAUAAUUAAGUCAGUUCUUCCUGUAUUUAGAUAUGUAAAUGUGCUGGAAAGGAAUGUAGAGAAGUGCAGCAUUUAUACGAAUAUUAGUGAUCAUCACGUAACUUUUCAGCUCCUCUGCAAACAUGGUGUUGUAAAAACAUAUAAUCUGACUUUUCAGGAGUGUGAUCCGUUGCAGGCUGUUUUUGCAAAGCACAUGUGUCCAAACAUACUUAAAGUCCACUCCAGGCUGCUGGCUGAUAUAAUGAUUCACUUCCCGACCAGUCAAGAAGAAGUAACCUUAUCAGUUACUCCCAUGAAAGUUUGUUUGAAGAGUUACACUGAGGAAGACACUGAUUUUUCAAAGACGAUGCUUACCGAAAUACAGCUAAAUCCAGAGGAAUUUGACUACUUUCAAGUUGGAGUAGAUUCUGAAGUGACAUUUUGCCUUAAAGAACUGAGGGGACUUCUAGCAUUUUCAGAAGCCACCAGUGUUCCUGUCUCAGUCCAUUUUGACGUAUCUGGAAAACCAAUUGCUUUCAGCCUUGAAGAUAUGGUGCUGGAAGCCAGCUUUAUUUUGGCCACCUUGUCCGACAUCAGGCAGGAGACAGCCUCCCCCCUGCCUCCCUGCUUUCCACAGCGGCAGGAAAGCUCAAAGACCCGUACAGUUAAAUCUGAAAAAACCUCUGUGGAUGAAGAUGGCAAUGCAGAAGCAGUUGCUUCCAAAAAGCCACAGUGGAAUGGAAGCGCACCCAACAGAGAGUCAGCAAAACCUGCAAGUCCUUUGGCAAAACAAAAGAUUAAAAAUAUACCCAGAGUCACAAAGCGAGAGGUAACAGGCAUUGGAGGAACAGCUGUGGCCGGGGCAGAGGAGCAGGUGAUGCUGGAAGGAGAGGGAACAGAGUUCCCUUAUCAGAAGUUUCAUUCCCUGUUUUUCGGAGCAGUUUCUUGUCAGGAGAAGGAUGCCAUCAGUGACACCUUCCAUAGUUUAGCAACAGCCAGUGAUGCCGAAGAGGAUUUUCGCAGUGUGCAGAGCUCCCCAGUCCUCUAG